AUGAGGGCAGAUAUUCAUGUGGGAACACGGGCUGGAUUUAUGCGUGCGAAGGAGAACAGCAUGAUGGUUGCAGCGUGUUCAGAUGACAAGAGGCGAAGAAAGGAUGGUCGUAGGUUUCAUACCCAGCCUUUACCUGACUCAGAGGAUGAGGUGGAAACUUCCAUGAGCUCGUUUCAAAUCACCGCUCGAGGCUUACCGCUGGCCUUGGCGUCUAUGACACAGACUGUAUCCUCAGAUCUGCGCUUCCAGCCCAGAUGGAGAGCAAUAACUGUGACCAUCCUGCUGGUUUUAGUGCUCAUGUUAUAUCUGCACCGGACAGUAGGGGACAGAAAAUCCCCAACCAAAGGCUACUACCGGAGCAGGCUUCAGAAUGUUCACAUUCCCAGUGAGGCUGAGAAUGACGUCUUCAGGGACACUGAUGGGACCAAUCAACAAAGACUCAUUCGGUGUCAAAACGGAGAAAAACCUUACAAUGACACAUAUCCAUUAAGUCCUCAAGAGAAGACAUGGGAUGGCGUUCGCUACCGUAUAGGAGUUAUUGCAGAUCUGGACACAGCGUCACGAAGCUCCAAGGAUCAGACGUGGUUUAGCUACAUGAAACGAGGUUACCUGACCAUCUCCGAUAGCACUGACAGACUGAAGGUGGAAUGGGAUGCUGAAGCCGUCAUGCUGGAGAGCAAUCUGGCUGAGAAAGGACGAGGUAUGGAGCUGUCGGAGCUGGUGGCGUUUAACGGUCACCUGUACAGUGUAGAUGACCGUACAGGUGUGGUGUACAGGAUUCAGGGGAGCCGAGUCAUUCCCUGGGUAAUAUUACCUGAUGGAGAUGGCUCAGUCUCUAAAGGAUUCAAGGCCGAGUGGCUCGCAGUGAAGGAUGAGCACCUGUUCGUCGGAGGCCUGGGGAAGGAGUGGACGACGACGUCCGGGGAGGUCGUCAACAACAACCCAGAGUGGGUGAAAGUUGUUGGUUACAACGGCGAGGUGCAGCAUGAAAACUGGGUGCCCAACUACAACGCCCUGCGGAGUGCUGCAGGCAUCGAACCACCAGGCUACCUUAUCCAUGAAUCAGCAGCUUGGAGCAAGCGUCACCAGCGGUGGUUUUUCCUACCUCGCCGUGCCAGUCACGAGCACUACGAAGAGACGGCAGACGAGCGGCGUGCCACCAACCUCCUCCUGUCCUGCCCCGCAGACUUCAGCCACAUAACCACGCAGCGUGUCGGGCCAUUAAACCUCGCCCACGGCUUCUCUUCAUUUAGAUUUGUUCCAAACACGGACGAUCAGAUCAUCUUGGCUCUAAAGUCAGAGGAGGACGCCGGCAGGAUUGCCACGUACAUCAUUGGUUUUACACUGGACGGUCGGCUGCUGCUGCCCGAGACAAAGAUAGGAGACGUAAAGUACGAAGGGUUGGAGUUUAUCUGAAAGUGGCACAGUUAAAUUUUUUAAAACUUAUUUAAAUAAUGAUAAUAAAGUCAGGUGUUUUAUUCUAUCAGUUUUAUGUAAGACGUGACCAAAAAUGAUAAAUUUCACACUGAAAUUAAAAAACGCUGCUAAUGACGCACAACAGUUACUCCCAGGCAGCCAUCACCCGUUUUAAGUCCUGACUACUCCUUACAUUUCUUUUUAAAUUCUGAAUGGGAAAGCUUGGUUAGUUAAACUGAUCAAAACACAGAAACCAAAAAUGAGGGACAGUAAAAAUGUAUUUUAAACGGAAACGUUAAGUCGUUCCUGCUUUUGCUUAAUCCAUUUUA